AUGACGAGCACGACAGACUCAGUCCCGGCGCAUACCCCGCCUGGGUCAUCAGCCCCACGCCCAAAAGGAAUCCUCAAAAACGCCUCUUACCGCGCCUCCCCUCCUGUCUCGCCCACCAACGCCCAACCCCCUCUCUCUUCCUCGAUUCCACAUGGUAGCGCCCACCCGCAGCUAGAACACCCACUCACUCCUAAGGAGGCCAAGGAGUUGACCAUUGCCAACACGCAAUUCAACGCCGGCCACCGCCGCUCCUCAUCCUCAGCAACCCGACCCGGCGCCUCCUCCCGGCGACAAAGCUCCCUCCAGGGCCAUGAAGCCGGCGACGACGCAAGCGGAGAGAACGACGAGCCCGGACAGCGACUCAAGUGGGACGAGGCGAACCUGUACCUGACCGAACAGGAACGCACCAGCACAAUGAAGAUCAACGAGCCCAAGACGCCGUAUGCGAAACACUACGACCCGGCCGAGGACCCGUCGGACGACGAAGAGGGGGACAUAGGCGAGCCGAUUGACCCGAAGAACGUGGAUUUGGACAAGGUGGAUGGGCUCCCUCACUCGAAACGGCACCAUCACAUACACCAGGAGCACGAGCAAGGCCAGCAGCAGCAGCCUUCCUCACGCCGCCGCCCCGCAGACGAGGAGAUUCCACGCCUGUCGCUGGGCGAGCCGGAGGAGGAAUUCCCCGAGCACGAGCCUGGCCAAGAGUAUGGGACGUCGCCGUCUCGUCCCCGGGCAGUCCAUGUUGACAGCCACGGCAGCGGUCACGACACGGACGGCGAGGAGUAUUUGGUGGGACUAAGCGCUGAGGAACGCGAGAAGCACAGGAAGUUUGAGGAGAUGCGCAAGAAACACUACGAGAUGAGGGAUGUCGCCGCGCUGUUGGGGCAUUCGGAGGAACUGGACGAGGAUGGCGAUGACGAUAGUGAGAAUGACGAUGAACGGGCAAAGGUUCCCCCUGUCCCGCCCCUGCCUGGAAGGCCCAAAUGCCAAGGGGAGCAUGUGGGGGCCAAGGCUCAGUGCUGCAGCCGGCCCCUCCAAAGGGCUGCUGCCAGCAGCGCUCGACCCCUCGGCACCGUCCUCCGGCCGACGACGACAGGGACAACAUCGACAACGACAGCGACGAUUCUCGAGGAGCGGUUCGCCCACCUCCGAAUUUCCUCCCCAAAUGCUGCUGGUUCCGCGGUGGAGGGCCGCCGUUAUGCCUCCGUGAAGGCGCAGGGUGCCUACAAGAUCAAGUCGAAGAAGACGAUACCAAAGAAAAUGGGUGCCAAGAAGACCGGAGACCAAUAUGUUAUCCCCGGUAACAUCAUCUACAAGCAGCGGGGUACCAUAUGGCAUCCCGGUGAGAACACCAUCCUCGGCCGCAACCACACGAUCCACGCUGCCGUCACCGGCUACGUCAAGUACUACCGAGACCCAAAACGACACCCAAAGCGCCAGUAUAUUGGGGUUGUGUUCAACCGCGACGACACAUUGCCUUAUCCCGAAGACUCGCCUCGCCGGCGAAAGCUGAACCUCGUUGCAGUAACUCGGAAAGCUGAACCCGCGCCCGACGAGACAACGGCCCCUAGCGGCAUCCCGCGUUCCGUCACACGGCACGAAAUUGUCGAGAAGCCUGACGAGUCGAAGACAUCCAAAACCGCCCAGCCGCACACCCCAGUUCGUUACGUGGAAUCAGUGCCUUUGAAAGACGGCAACUCGGUGGUAGCCAGUUUGGUCAACCAGAAGCUUCGGGCUAGGGAAUUGGACCAAGUCAGGAAGGAGGCUUUGAACCGAGAACAAGAGAAGGCGCUUGCGGAGCGCAAGGCCACUCGUGUGUUCCAUUUACAGGACGACUACAGCUACCGCGAGAGCAACUGGGAGAUUGGUCGCAUCGUCGGCGACGCCGGGAUCAUUCCGGGCACCGAUAAGCCAGAGUCGAGGAAGGCCAAGAUUCGCAUGCGCAGGUGGAAACGCGACAUUCACUUCCGCGGUAUCAAGCUACGCAAAAUCGACAGAUCCAAGCGCCGUAGCGACUACAAGACCCGGGCCCACCAGAAGAGGUUGGCACGGCAAGUUACUGAGAAGGCGGCCGCCAGGGAGGCCGCGGCUGCCGCGAAGGCUGCUUUCGAGAAGGCGGAUUCUGAAGCCCGGGCCGCUGCGGCGGCACGAGCCGCGAACGCGGCCGGCGGCAGCAAGCCUGUCGCGAGCUAA